AUGCCUCCCAAGAAGACCGAGGGCGCUGCCGCCGCUCCCAAGAAGGCCUCCCACGCCAGCUACCAGGACAUGAUCACUGAUGCUAUUGUUGCUGUACGUUUUACCGCUCCCCUCGCUCCGGCGCAAAGGGUUACGCGACCGCGCUUGUCGUGGGCUGGGGACCUCAACGUCCCCGCCCGCCUCGACCCCCUCAAGGAGCGCAAUGGAUCUUCCCGCCAGGCCCUGAAGAAGUACGUCAAGGCCAACAACCAGAUCAACGUCGUCUCCGACACCAUGUUCGACUCUCUCUUCAACAAGGCCCUCCGCGCCGGUGUUGAGAAGGGUGUCUUCGAGCAGCCCAAGGGUCCCUCUGGUGGCACCAAGCUCGCCAAGAAGGCUCCCAAGAAGGAGGAGAAGAAGACCGAGAAGAAGGCCGCCCCUAAGAAGGCUGCUGCUGAGAAGGAGCCCAAGGAGAAGAAGGCUCCCGCACCCAAGAAGGCCGCCGCCAAGAAGGAGACCAAGGAGCCUAAGGAGAAGAAGGCCGCUGCCCCCAAGAAGGCUGCCGCCGAGAAGAAGGAGACCGCCAAGAAGCCCGCCGCCAAGAAGGCUGAGAAGGCUGCCGACAAGGAGAAGCCCGCUGCUCUUUCCAAGACCAAGACUGGCCGCGUCACUAAGGCUGAACCCAAGAAGGCCGCCGCCAAGAAGGAGACCAAGGAGCCCAAGGAGAAGAAGGCCGCCGCUCCCAAGAAGGCUGCUGCCCCCAAGAAGGCCGCGGCGAAGAAGGACACCAAGAAGGAGACCAAGGCCGAGGCCGCCACCGCAUCCGCAUAG